AUGAAAUAUCACACUGUUUAGGUAAAUAAUGAUGGAGUUAUAAUUUUUACGGGAUUUUAAAAGACAUAAUCUUUAUCUAAUGAUUAUGGAGGAAAGGUUUACCAUUUUUCAGAACAGUUGCAUGAUUAAAUUCAAUAUGAAAAAUCAGGGCAAAAAUAAGUGGCUGGUUGGCUCUAACUUUACUUGAGGAAAAAAAAAGAAGUUGAAGGAGAAUUUUGGCCAUUUAUAUUUAAAAAUUAGAAACUAUAAAAAAGUCCUAAAAUCAAAGCUGACUGGGAUAAAUGGCAUUAUGAAGAAGAAGAAAAAGAUAUGUUGAAUGAUUUUGACCCUGAUAAACUCAUUGAUUUAAUGAAGAAAAAUGGAGAGUGGGACGAAGAGGAUGAUGAAAUCUAUGGUCCUGAAACUAUUAAAUAAAUGUAAUAGGAUUAAGAUGAGGAAAAUGAAGAUAAAUAUGAUAAAAAUAAAAAGCAGAACCCUGAAGAUGAGAAUGAAUAAGAUUCUGAUGAAUAAGAAGAAAAUAAUCAAGAAGAUAUAAAUGAAGAAUAGUUAUACAAGAAAAGGCAUAAAAGUAAGAAAUCUAAUCAGUAAAGUUUUAUGGAUAAACUAAUGAGUGGUGCUCCACCUGAUGAUGAUAAUGAUAAAGUAGACGAUAAAGAGGAUGAUAACGACGAAUUUUUAUAUGAAAAAUAUCUUAGAAGUGGAGGGUAUUUAGGUAUAAAGAGAAAACCUUAGACUGAAGAAGAAUUAGAAAGGCAACUAUUAGAUGAAGAUCAGUUAAUAUUUGCGCCUAAAACAAUAAGAUAAAGAAUUAAUUGA